GGCUUGUCAUAGCCAUUAAGAUCAGUUGCUUAUGAUUCUGUCUGAUUAUCUUACUUGGCAAGCGAGACAUACCUCUCAGAGCAAGAUGAAAGGAGGAUUGGAUCGUUGUUAGGACACCUGUGGGACUCUAUACAGGCGUGUGCUGAUUUGGAUACGUGCCUCUGAGCUCGGUGCUGCAGGUUUUUGGACCGAUCCUGCUUCCAUCUCUCUAAGAGCAAACAGCCCUUCCCAACACCAUCCGCCCUUCUCCUCCUCCUCCUCCGCCUCCUCUGCCUCCUCGUCUUCAGAGCCAAGAACGGUGCUGUGGACUAUAGAGUAGCUCCUUACCCAGGCAACGUAUCACAGCUGCAGCACAGACAGCACCCAGAACCAGUCAAUAUGGUGCUGUCACAGAGACAGCGUGAUGAGCUAAAUCGAGCUAUAGCAGAUUACCUGCGUUCCAAUGGCUAUGAAGAGGCCUAUUCCAUUUUUAAGAAGGAGGCAGAAUUAGACAUGAAUGAAGAAGUGGAUAAGAAGUAUGCAGGCCUUCUGGAAAAAAAAUGGACUUCAGUCAUCAGAUUACAGAAGAAGGUAAUGGAGUUGGAAUCCAAGCUUAAUGAAGCAAAGGAGGAGAUCACUUUAGGUGGCCCCGUGAGUCAGAAGAGAGACCCCAAAGAGUGGAUCCCACGCCCCCCGGAGAAGUACACCCUGAAAGGGCACAGGAGUCCUGUCACACGCAUCAUAUUCCACCCUGUCUUCAGCGUCAUGGUGUCGGCCUCAGAGGACGCCACCAUUAAGGUGUGGGACUAUGAAACAGGAGACUUUGAGCGCACCCUGAAGGGCCACACAGACUCUGUUCAGGACAUCUCCUUUGAUCAGAACGGCAAGCUGCUGGCCUCCUGCUCCGCUGACAUGACGGUCAAACUGUGGGACUUCCAGGGCCUGGAGUGCAUCAGGACCAUGCAUGGUCACGACCACAAUGUGUCUUCUGUUGCCUUCAUGCCCAGUGGUGAUCAUAUAGUGUCUGCAUCCAGGGAUAAAACCAUCAAAAUGUGGGAGGUGGCCACUGGUUACUGUGUGAAGACGUUCACAGGACACAGAGAGUGGGUGCGCAUGGUGAGGCCCAACCAGGACGGCACCCUGCUGGCCAGCUGCUCCAACGACCAGACCGUGCGUGUGUGGGUGACGGCCACCAAAGAGUGUAAGGCAGAACUGCGCGAACAUGAACAUGUGGUGGAGUGCAUUUCCUGGGCCCCUGAAAGCUCUUACCCCACCAUACUGGAGGCUACUGGCUCUGAGAAUAAGAAGAGUGGGAAGCCUGGUCCCUUCCUGCUGUCUGGCUCCAGAGACAAGACUAUCAAGAUGUGGGAUGUUAGCACUGGCAUGUGCCUUAUGACACUGGUUGGUCAUGAUAACUGGGUGCGUGGGGUGCUAGUUCACCCAGGGGGCAAGUUCAUCAUUAGCUGUGCUGAUGAUAAAACCUUGCGUAUUUGGGACUACAAGAACAAGCGCUGUAUGAAGACACUUAGUGCCCACGAACACUUUGUUACCUCUCUGGAUUUCCACAAGACAUCCCCUUACGUGGUGACCGGAAGCGUAGAUCAAACAGUCAAAGUGUGGGAGUGUCGUUGAUGGUACUUGCCAGAUUCCGUGUCCUCACUCCACUGACAUACACUCCAAUUGCCCUACCCACCACCUCACCCCUCAUCGCCAUGGUUACCGCCCCAUCCAGCUCUCGUCAAAUAACAACUGCCCUUUUAUGUAAAUGACCAUGGAUGUAGUUUGAGCUUAUUAAAUGUCGAGCAGACACACUCAUGAGGAAAAAAACAAGCAUUCUUGCAUGAUGAAUUCAAACUUGGUAAAAAAAAAAAAAAUUGCUUAACAUUAUGUAGAAGUUACCAUAAGAUUUUAGAGCAUGGGCUUCCGUUCUGACCACAGAAGACCCUUUGCACAAGGCAGGCAGUGGCCUCUGGGAAGUUCGGAUCCAGGGCACUAAAACUAACCCUUUUUUCUGUGGUUUAGUUUGUCUUAUUUUGCUUCCCCUGUCAUCGUCUGAUGGUGCUUCAGAGAAAGAGAGAGAUAGUAGAGAGUGACUAAAAUUUGUCUUCUUCUCAGAGACUCGGGGCAUUUAAGAGUCAUAGAGACCACAGUUGCCAGUGGCUAGAUGUCCAAGGGAACACAGGUGGCUUCCUUAUGGACCAGUGUGUUGACCAGAACCCUGUUCUCUUUCACUGCUUACCUGUGCACUAGUGGCUCCCACUGCCCUCCUCCGUGAACAUUACAUUUCUUGUUGUCUAAGAAGAAGAGUGUUUGGCUUAACAUGUAAUGGAGGAACCAUGUGCUGGCCACACUCAACUAGACUGAAUUCAUGGCCACUCAAGAGGCAGACUGCCCUGUGGUUGGACACACCAAAUUCUGGGUGAUUUAGAAAUGCCAAACUGGAGUUAAAGGACGGGGGAAGGGGGAGGGGGGAAUCUUAGAGCAAGUACACUUUUUGCUGUGGGACUCUUAGGGCUGGAUAUUCAUACUGUUAUUUAUCUUCACUAAGUUUUGACUGGAAACCAGUUGUUGCCCAGCUGGAGAGGCUAGGCCUACACCACUGAGAGAAACUCAAAAAAAUCAACCACACUUCGAUAUUUAGUGACUUACAAAGAUAUUUAUUGAUUUAGAUUUUUCUUUUUUUUUGCUUCUGUCGUAACACUAGGUUAAAACUAAGUUGAGCAGAACAAAAAGAAGAAGCUGAAAUAAAACAGAUUUAAGACGGCGUUUUGUAUAUUGUUAAAUAUGCUCCCUGAGAUGAGCAUCAGCAUCAUAAUCAGCAGUCGGUCCUUUAUGUGUGAGUUUUCGUUCAUGCUAAGAUGGAAUUGGCGGGAGUUCUCUUCACGCUUUUAGGAUAAGGCUUGACCUGAACGGUUUCUGAAAAGCCAUUUUCAAGCUGGAGUCAACAGGAGUGUCGAAGCUAAUUUGUCUUUCUCUGCCAAUCCAUAUAAAUCUCUCUGCUUUUCAUUCUUUCUGACAACACACUAGAGGGCCCCCUUCAGAAACGAGGGGAUAUCUCCUCAGCUGAUCUCAGGUUGGCACGAGGCUAGUUUUCAGAGGUGAUAAUGGGUCAGAUUACUUUAAAGAAUAUUUUAAGAAGUCUAUGAAAGGAUCAAUCGAUUUUAGCGGUGAGGUGCACUUGCCCUGGAAAUUCACAUAAGGUCUGUUUCAAGCAGGAUGUAUAUCUGCUUUGUUUCCCUUGUUUGUUUCUUUUUUCUUUGUAUAGAUGAAAUCGUCCCAUGUCAUCACUAUGCUUCACUCAGCACUCUUAAUGAACUGACAUUAAGGGAUGUUUAGCUCCUUUUGCCCAGACUGUGGCUCUAAAUGAACUGACUCAUCUGUUCCCCAAUAAGCCAUCAUGCUUUGAUAGAACGGCUUGAGAAAAAUCUCCAUGAGGGUGAUGCAUUCCACUCUUAACGGUCACACUCCGGACUGCACUACACUCAUAGACUCACAGACACUAACUGUACCCAGAGCUUACUGCAAACCCUGUAUACUGCAAGCCUUUUGGCUCAGAAAAUCUGCCCUCUGCAUUUUUUUUUCAAUAUUGACAACUGGCAACACAUUACAUUGCUAAUCUUUCAGAAAAAAAAAGUGAAUGUAAAUUAAUUUAAGUGGAGCUAUCUUUUUCUGCACCGGUCCACUCGGCUGUAUGAUUUCACCGUCACUCGUCUGUCCUAGCGCAGCCGUGACUGUGUGUAUGCGCGCGCGUGUGUAUGUGUGAGGUUGUACUGAAAGAGCAGGCCCAAAAGAAUGCUUCUUGCCAUGUGUACUCAGUGAUUUGGUCAUGUCACUGCGCAUAAAGAGCUGUCGGUUCAGAUUAGGUGCUGAAAUAUUGUCAGAAACGUUGAACUGGUUUUCAUGUAACUAUUAAAUCAAUUAAGUCAGUUGGCUGGUGUUAAAUAUAAAGACAAGAUGCCUCCCAGCUAGAUUAACAAGUGCAAUAUGUUUAGGCUGCUCUGUUAACUGUCGAGACACAUAUGUACAUAUUGUAUGCAUUUUUUGUGCCGCUUUAUACACAUCUAUAUGAAAUUUUGCCUCUUUUGUUGAUGGGGUUUGACGUCAAGAACAGCUGUUGAUGUGGCAGACGUAGACACAGUCUGUCGUGAAGAAGAAAUUUCGUCUGGCUUUCGCGACCGGACUUGGGGUCAUUGGCAGGGUCUCGCACGCGUAGCUGUGUUAGCAGGUAUGCGUUGCCCAGACGGAAACGUUCCCGAGCGAUCUAAUUUCAGAGCGCGUCCGUUCAGCAUGUGCGGCAGUACGUGAGAGCGGUGUCGCGUAUGCCAAAUACCCGCGUUCGCCAAGCUGUGGGGCAUUUGAGUCUGUAUGCAGAUGUGCAGUAAGUCUCGUGAGCGUCAUGCUGUGUCAGACCUUUCGCUUUUUUCUGCCUUCUUAAACACACUGAGGCCAUGUGGACUCUUAUUCAGCUUUUUGUGCUCUCACUGUACAUACAUACUCACUCACACGUAUACGUGCACUCGAGAAGUAAAAAAAAAAAAUGUGUACCAAUAUAUCUGGAUGUCA